AUGCAUUUCCAAUGGGGGACCUCAUUGCUCGAGAAGUCCAGUAUUUUUACAGUCAAUGGGGCUGCCACACCUCCUCCCUGUCAUUGUGAAUGCUGUCAUUCCUGUUGGGUCAGGCUGAGAGUGAGCAUUUGUUGUCAUACACCAGUGUAACUGAACUGAUUAUGCCCGCUCCUUUUGGAUUUUUUUAAGAAAGUACGUUUAUUUUUGGUGAUAAAUCUGACUUGGAAAACAGAAGUUAUUGGUAAAUUGUAGCCUUUUCAAACGAGCCUUUAGUGGUCACUUGAGGAAAUGAAACUUUUAAUUUUUGUUAUGUGUGACAAAUUCAGGAAAAGGGGUUUGGGGGCUUAGUUUUCCAUUGGAACCAUACAUGCUACCAAGUAUUCAUUUCUGCGCAAUUAUGUCUGUAUGAAUAUUUUUUAUUGACAGAUAUCUUACCUCAGACUAAAUGCUUUACAUUUUUUUUAUUUCCUUGUUCACUUAAGAGAGUUAAUUAUACAUGACCAUAGUUUAGGAAUAUGAUUCAGUUUAUUUAAUCUUUGAUGCGUUUUAUAGUCAAAUCUGGACAUUGUGAUUGGUUCCAGUCUACUGACGUCAUAUAUUUUACCCAAAACGUGUUUUGUGUAGAUUUUCUUUUUUUAUUCAAUAUGUAAUUAAUUAAAACUGUUUUUAAAAAUAUUGGAAUCUUGGAAAAUUUCAACCAUAUUGAGAUCCAUUUAAGCAUUGUUUACGGUUCUUUUUAAAUAAUAUUUUCGCACGUGACCCGGAAGUAAACAGCACGAGGCUCUAGCAUAGACUGCAUGGGCUCUAGCGGCGUUAGCUUGUGUUGAGAGGACGGCGGUGUUUCGCUCAGACGUUCGUGAGGUGUUUGGACAGAAAGGACGAUACUUGGUUCGGGUCCGAACUCUCCAACUUUAGUCGUAAAUGAGUGAAAAAGCGUUGAAUGUAAAUAAGGUGUUUUUGGGAUUGGAGCUGAAGAUCGGAGCUGCUGCUGUUCAGAGGACUGUGGUGUUGGAGCUGAAGAUCUUCUGCAGCUGCAGGAACCAUGUCUUCCCUUCAGUCUCUGAGAGAGUUGAUCAGCGAGCGACUCGCUGCUGCUGCUGAAGAAAUCUGCGGACUCUGUGAAGGAACCAUCGUCCAGUACGAGCAGGAGCUCUGUCGUCAGCGCAGACUGCUGGAUAUCUGCUGGAAACCACAGAUUCAGCUCGACCACAUAGUCCUCCCCCAGCAUUGGGUGAUAGAAGAGGAAGAACACUGCAACCAGCAGAUAAACUUUAGAGUGGAACAGAAUGAUCCAAUACCAACACAGACUGAAGAGGAACUGGAGGAACCAGAACUUCUACAAAUUAAAAAGGAACAGGAAGAACAAGAACCUCCACAGUCGGAAGAGGUACUAGAGGAACCAGAACCUCUACAGAUUAAAGAGGAACUGGAGGAACUAGAACCUCCACAGAUAAAAGAGGAGCAAGAAGAACUUUGCAUCAAUCAGGAUGAAGAGCAACUUGAUCUGAAGGAGGAGAGUGAUACCUUGAUGGAGAUUACUAUUUAUGAGGAAAAUGAGAAAACUGAAGCAGAUCUAAACAAGCAGCAGUGCUUUGAUGUAAUUGAUAGUCAAGAUGAAGAUUUAAGCCAAAAUGAAGAAUCAACAUCAACUACAGAAGAAGAGACAGACCCACAGAACAGAGAUCAGAGAGAGAGAAGAUACAGAAGUCAUGUCCAAAAUGUGGACAGCUCUCACAUGUCAGUAUUUCGGUGUGACUCUGAUGUUAGAAAACAUUUCAAGGAGGCAAUUUUAGGAAAGAAAUACAAACAAUCCCCAAAAGAAAAGAGUUUGUCCUCUGUAAAGUCGGAUGAAGGGACAAGAAUUACACACAAUAUGACACUCCACGCAAGAGCAGAGUCUGAUGACGGACCUCAUGUCUGUGAGGAAUGUAAUAAAAGUUUUAGUUAUAAAUCUAGGCUCAGACUUCACAUGAUAACUCAUACGGGACAAAAGCCUUUUUCUUGUAAAAACUGUGAUAAAAGUUUUCGUCAAAUAUCUGAUCUCACAAAACACAUGAGAACUCAUACAGGAGAGAAGCCUUUUUCUUGCAAAGAAUGCGAUAAAAGUUUUAUUCAAAUAUCUGACGUUAAUAAACACAUGAGAACUCAUACAGGAGAGAAGCCUUAUUUGUGUAAGGAAUGUGAUAAAAAUUUUAGUCAAAUAUCUGUCCUCAAAAAACACAUGAGAACUCAUACAGGAGAGAAGCCUUAUUUGUGUAAAGAAUGUGAUACAUGUUUUAGUCAAUUAUCUACCCUCAAAACACACAUGAUAACCCAUACAAGGGAGAGGCCUUAUUUGUGUAAGGAUUGUAAUGCAAGUUUUAGUCUUUUAUCUAAUCUCAGAAGACACAUGAGAACUCAUACAGGAGAGAAGCCUUUUCCUUGCGAAGAAUGUGAUAAAUGUUUUAGGCAAAUAUCUGACCUCAAAAGGCACAUGAGAACUCAUACAGGAGAGAAGCCUUUUUUGUGUAAGGAAUGUGACAAACGGUUUAUUCACGUUUCUAAUCUCAAAACACACAUGAGAACACAUACUGGAAAGAAGCCUUUUCCGUGUAAGGAAUGUGAUAAAAGGUUCAGUCAAACAUCUAAUCUCAAAAAACACAUGAGAACUCAUACAGGAGAGAAGCCUUUUUUUGUUGCCAAAAAUUGUAAUCAGGAAGUUAAAAUUUUGUAACUCAUAAAAACAAAGGAAAACUCCCAGGACAGGACACGUAAAGAAAUGUCAAUAAUGAUUUGAAUAGGAAAGUUGAAAUUUAGUGGUUUAUUUAACAGGUAGUAAAAAAAAUAUGUUUUUCUGUCUCAGAAUUGGAAUUCAAAGUCAAAAAAUAAUAGGAUUGUCAGCAACGAUUAUUUUAGUAGUCGAUUAGUCACUGAUUAUUUUUUUUUGAUUAGUCAACUAUUAUUUUUUUCGUGGGAUGUGCAAUUUUAUUUUUUUACAAAAGGGGACAGUGCUGGUAAUCAGUCCCUGGGGGUUCAUAUCAUAUAUAUCAGGGUAUGGUGCGUUCGCAGAAAUUGAUAUUUUACCUGUGUAGUUCAUGAAUUUCAAUUUCACCUUAGAAAAGACAAAAAGGUUAAUAUCCUAGGUAAGCUAUAUGCUAGCACAAAAAUACAAUUGGCUAUGUCUUUUUACUGGAUGUAUUAAACAAAAAAAAAUAUGUACUGAAUCAUCAUCAUUAAUACUUUCAUUUAUAUUUACAUUGAUGCAGUCAUGAAAAGGAGGCACAAUUGAUUAUUGAAUGAAUAGAAAAGUUACAUUUUAGCUGAAAACAUUCUUUUUUAAUUCUUCUGAUUUGAUAUUCUAAUUUUCUAAGACUAUUUUUAUCUAUAGGCAACAAGUUUCACUUUUUGUGUUGAUUGACAAAAAUAUAUUUUUAACCAAAUUCAGUCUUUUAAAUUUACAGAUUUUGUUUUUUUUUAAUUAAGACUUGAAUUAUGAACGAUGUAAGAUUACAUUUUUUAAGACAUUUUCAUCAUGUUCAGUUUUUUUGGUUAAUUUUUUUUUUUUGUAGAUUUUUGUAUUUUAUUAUUUUGUUUAAAAUUGUUCAGUUAACCAUUGUGGUUGUAGUUUAUGCUGAGACAAUUGUCUGUGUGUUACCACUAUUAUUAUUGUUACACAUCUCUAAUUCUAACACUUCUUAUGUAGUGGUUUUUUAAAUAUGAAAUAAUUGCAGUUUAUAUUUUGUUGAGUCAUGUCGCCAAAUAUCAGUUUUGUGAAGAAAAUAUUUAGUAAAACUGUAUUAAGGAAGAGGUAGCUAAAGAAACAGACUGGUGUUUGUGUUGUGAUUCCUCUUUUCUAGUAGAGAUUAGAAGAGUUUCUCUGUUCUUUUUAGUUUCCAGUGUUCUGUCUCAAUCUUGAAGAAUAAAGUGGACGUGAACAUCAGUCA